ACGACUUCAUCGAAUAAUUUGUCGAGGGCCAUUUGGACGUCGUCGGCUAACUACGCAGUCGAAACGGGGUCAAGGAGGUCUCACGUCAGACUGUACGGAGUAAUCUUUUAAAAUUGACUCCUGAAGCCCUCAGGCCCGAAUCCAGAGCAACCAGGUCCUCCCUCCGUAUGGCGGCAUAUCUCUCCUACGCAGCAAUAGCACUGCUCCUCCUGGUGCUCUACCUCAGCCUCGACAUCAUGGGUAUCCUCAGCCGGCGCAACAAAUUCGACGUCGAUGGGCGCACCGUCCUCCUCACCGGCGGCUCCUACGGCAUGGGCCGCUCCCUCGCCGCCCUCCUCUCCUCACGCGGCGCCUCCCUCAUCCUCGUCGCGCGCGACCCCGCAAAACUCGCCUCGGCCGUCGAGCACGCAAAAUCGCACGCCAAACACCCCUCGACGCAGCGCUUCACCUACAUCUCGGCGGACGUGAGCUCCGAGGCCGAGAACGAGCGGCUCCUCAAGGAAGCCACGGCCUGGAACAAUGGCAAGACGCCCGAGGUCGUGUGGGCGCAUGCCGGGUCCGCGUCGCCGAUGCUGUUUGUCGAGAGCAGCAUCGAGACGCAAAGGAGGCAGAUGGAUUUGAAUUAUUGGGCCGCGUGCUACUUGGCGCAUAAGACGCUGAGGGCGUGGUUGUACCCGGAGACGCCUUACCCGGCCCAGACGAAGACGGAUGGGGAAAAGAAGGCUCAGCCGGAACCACCGCGCUACUUCAUCGUCACCUCCUCCGUCAUCGCCUUCGUCAACAUCGCGGGGUACGCGCCCUACGGCCCUGCGAAAACGGCCCUGCGCGCCCUGUGCGACGCGCUGAAUAUGGAGAUCCUGCUGUAUAAUGGUGCGAGGAGGUCGAAUAAGGACACGGGAACGUCGCCCGCGCCGUUCGAUAUCCACGUCCGCGCCAUCUUCCCGGGGACCAUCAAGUCGCCCGGUCUGGAGCAGGAGAAUAAGACGAAACAUGCUGUUACGCAUUUGCUCGAGGAGUCGGACCCGGCGCAGACGGAGAUGGAGGCGGCGGUGGCGGCGAUCAAGGGGUUGGAGAGGGGGGAUUUCAUGACGGCGACGAAUUGGCUCGGGGAGGUGUUGCGGAUCUCGAGUUUGGGCGGGAGUAAGAGGAAUGGUGUGGUGAGGGAUACGUUGGGCCAGUGGUUGACGAGUUUGGUGUGGUUGGUCGCGGGGCCGGAUAUGGAGGGCAAGGUUUGGGGGUGGGGGAAGAAGGAGGGGAUGCCGGAGUUCAGGCCGGAGGGGAGUCGGUGAUUCAUGGGUUGGUGGGGCUCGGCGUUCGAGGUGUGCGUUCCUGGUGAAAACGGUGUGAGGUUAGGAAAUAGAAGGGGCUAUAAGUAUAGGGGUGGAUUUCCAGGCGGAGAUAAUAUUAGGGGGACGCUGUUAGCGUGGAUUUCCAGGCGGACAUAAUAUUAGGGGGACGCUGUUCGCAUGGCUCUGUACAAUAUGUACGAUAUGUAUGAUACCAGCGAAGCCAUCAUGAUAGUCGGCACCUCCACAUCUCGAGGCGGAAGGCUUGCCCAUCCAUACACCGCGAAC